AUGGCGGUUGACACAAGUUAUCUGACCACUCAGGUCAACAAUAUCGUUGAGCAACUGCAUGGCAUCUUCGACGAUAUUGGAGUGCCUGCUCGCGAGCGCGACUCGCGCGAAGCAGAGCUUUUCAGCGCGCUGUCAGAAACAUUAAAUAACCACCUUAAGAUUGUUGACGAAGAGAAAGAGGAGAUGACACUAGAAGCCCAACGCCUCAUCACAGCCAUCCAACAAAUGGAAGCCUCAUUGGGCGAUGAAAGGGCCAAUGGCCAAUACGAGCUUAACCGUGAUGAUUUGCGCGUUACCUACCCCCUCAACCGGUGUAUUGCCUUCUUGCGCGAAAAGAACGACGGCAUGAGCAAGCUCCACCGCGAAAGAUUUGAACAGAACUUGUCGACGCUCUGGAGUCCUACUCAUCUCAUCUUGAAACAUCAUUUCUUCAUAUUGAAUUGCCCCCCCACUGCGCCUGGCUCGACCAUUCCACCCAGCUUCGACUUGUCGCCUUCAUAUGUUACAGCCCUCGAUUCAGAAUUCACCCGUGUCUACGAGGAGUACCACCGUCGCGUGUCCUAUGUCCAAACAACCAGCGAGGAGAUUAUCAAGCUCUGGGCGGAGCUGGGUACCCCGCAAGUACAAACUGAUUCCAACAUCGUUAAGUGCUACCGCGAAUCCCCCGAGCAGCUUGGCCUUCAUGAGGCCGACCUCGGUAACCUGAUGGCACGACGCGACAAGUUGGUGGAGGAAAAGAAGGGCCGUGAGCGCAAGAUCAAGGAGAUCCGAACCAAUGUCGAAAGUCUAUGGGAGCGCUUUGGGGUCGAAGAAGCCGAUCGAAAGGCCUUCCUCGCAACCAACCGUGGCUGCGGUCUUCGCACGAUUAAUGAAUUCGAAGAAGAGCUGGCCCGCCUGAAUGAGUUGAAGAGACAGAAUAUGCAUCUCUUCGUUGAAGAUGCCCGCUGUCGCCUACAAGAGCUCUGGGAUACUCUCUUCUUUUCCGAAGAGGAGAUGCUCGACUUUACACCCGCUUUCUCUGACGUGUGCAGUGACGCUCUUCUAGAGGCCCACGAGGCUGAGAUCGCUCGUUUGCAGACACUCAAGGAUCAGCGCGCACCCACGCUUGAGAUGAUUGACAGACACCGUGGUAUUCUUGCAGAUCGUGACGCUCUCUCAUCUUCAAGCCAAGAUGCUUCUCGUUUGAUGGCCCGAGGAAACAAGGGUGAGAAGCGAGACCCUGGCAAGCUUCUGCGCGAAGAGAAAAUGCGAAAGCGCAUUGCAAAGGAGCUUCCUAAACUCGAGGCCGAUCUGCGUAGAGAGUUGGAGCGUUGGGAGGACGAGUAUGGACGGCCCUUCUUGGUUCACGGAGACCGCUAUCUUGACAGCUUGACUCCUGCACCCGCCUCAAGAAUGCCGCCGCCACGCUCGAAGACCCCAUCCGCCCCUCCCUCUACAACUAAAUCUAGCGCAGCCCGACAGCCGGUGUCUCGACCUGGCAGCUCUAUGCGGGGCCCUCCUCCCCCUCGUUCUGCUACCAAGACUCCCAAUGGAAGUGGCCCUGUGAAGCAUAACACUAUUGGCUACUCUGGGGCUCGAUCUGGAGCCAAGUCUCCCUCGAAGCUUCCAGCUCGUGCUCCAUUGAGCAACAUGCCUCAUGGAAACAACUCUCCUGAACGCCGUACUGGGCCUGGCAAUUACUCCUCCAGCACCAUCAAUGGAAAGAUGCCGCCUCCCCGUGGACCUCCCCCGAGAAUGCGUGCAUUGACUGUCGAGUCAAAGGAGCGCAAUAGUCAUCUGAUGGAGCCGCCUCGUUGUAAUAGCGCUAUGUCGAGUGCAUUUGUCCGUCCCGUGAGCCCCGAAGACGUUUAUGAUGACCGCCAGCGGUCUUUCAUGAGCUCUUCCGUCAUGUCCAACCACCGCCAGAUGGGAAUAUCUCACUCUUCUCACUCGUCUUUGUCGUCUCUAUCAUUGAAUUCGUCUCAGAAUUACCCUCGGGCCAACCCUUACCUUUCACACGCUCCACCUCCCCCUGCCCUUCGUCAAACAUCGAGCUCAUCAGCUGGAAACACCACUAUUUCCGGUUCAGAGAACUGGGAAACCUUUGAUGAUGCAUCCGACGCGGAAGCCGACACCAGCGAUGUUUACUAUGGCAAGAUACGUGCGCCUCAUGGCAAGCGCUUUGCCCCCGAUGACAGCAUGGACUUUUUGGGCAAGAAGAGCAAGGGCAUCCGCAGUGUCAGCCCUGACGGACCUCACCCUGGUCAAGUCCUUCGUGUUGCAGGUAGCGACAGUGAAUGGGCCGACGAGUUUGAGACGUACUAA